AUGAAAUUAGCACAAGCUCUAUUGAUUAUCAACAAGUCUGGUGGGUUGAUCUACAAGAAGGAUCUGAACGGUGCAAACAACAACCCUGGCAGUAAAAACGGUAACGAGUACCUGAUCUUUGCCAGUACUUUACACUCUGUGUUUGCCAUUGUAUCUCAAUUGACACCCAAAUCCAUCCAGCUUGGUGAAAGCGGCAAUAGUGACGUUCAUGGCGAUGAUAUCAUCGAGCACGUACCUUAUAUCCCACCAGGAAGCAACGAUGAACUUGGUAGCGGCAAUAGCAACAACAACAACGGCAAGGGUACCCUGGGUAACAAUAAUAACCUGGGUAGUUACCAUGGCACAGAUUUCUUCUCCUCCGGGUUCCGUAGUUGGAGCAGAGGAGGCGUACGCCAAAUAGAAACCGAUGCAUUGGAAAUAUACGUCUACCAGACAUUAACAGGAGCACGAUUUGUUCUUGUAAACACACGUAGUCCUGCCGCACAGAGCGCGCACGUGAUCACACGCAUCCACACGGCAGACAACCUCUUACGCCGUGUGCACUGCCUGUACGGUGACUACGUCAUGAAGGACCCUUUCUAUGCCCUGGAGAUGCCCAUCAAGAACAGUCUGUUCGAUGCAGCAGUGACCACGCUGGUCGCUCAGUACUAG